AUGGAGGAGACCAUGAGACGUACGCGUAUUGCAGCGCUUGAGGAGAACCUGACUAGAGAGCGCGGUGAACACGCGUCUGACCUCGCAGAGCUCCACAAGGAGAUGAAAAGAGAGUGCGAUGGAAACGCGGCUAAGCUCGCAGAGCCCCACGAAGAGACGAAAAUACAGCGCGAUGGAUGCACGGCUGAACGCAUGCUCGCAAAUGAGCUGCAUAACUUUAAACGCAAUCUCCUGAUCUACACACAUCACGACGAACGCAUCCGCCUCAUCGAAUGUAACAACCAGUUGAUCACCACUGUAGACAAGAAACUGGACAGAUUGGGUGGCGUGCACAUCUAG